GGGGCUCCUAUGAGGAAAUAAGUGGAGGAGCUGUGUGUAUGUGGACGUCGACACCGUUUACAGCUCCUCUCCUCACUGUUUUAUUAGGAAAUGUUCUGCAGCUUUAGCGCUGCGAAACUACCGGCCUUCAGGAGAAUUUAUCCGGCUUCAGGGGAGCAGCAGUUCGCGGGGUUAGGGAGGAGGGUGUCGGGGCUGUAGCUCGGAGCUGAGCGGCGGCCUCAGUGCCAGCAUGGCAGCGGGCAGCGAGAGUCCGGGUUCGGCAGGCGGGGAAGACAAGCUCCCCUCCCGCAGACAGAGCGAAGCGAACAAGAAGCUGAAGUACAUCAGUUUGGCUGUUCUGGUGAUUCAGAAUGCCUCGCUCAUCCUCAGCAUCCGGUACGUGCGGACGUUACCGGGAGACCGUUUCUUCGCCACGUCUGCUGUUGUCAUGGCAGAGGUCCUUAAAGUCAUCACCUGUCUCAUCAUCCUCCUGUUUGAAAAGAAGGGAAAUAUCAGAGAUUUUGUGGCUCUGCUGUACGACUCUAUAGUGGUACAGUACAGGGACACGCUGAAGUUAGCCGUCCCAUCACUCAUCUACACCUUACAGAACAACCUGCAGUACGUGGCCAUUUCCAACUUACCAGCAGCCACGUUCCAGGUGACGUACCAGCUGAAGAUCCUGACCACGGCGUUAUUCUCAGUGCUGAUGCUGAGGAAGAGCCUGUCGCGAGUCCAGUGGGUCUCCCUGCUUCUGCUCUUCGCUGGUGUGGCCAUCGUCCAGGUGCAGCAAGACAGCAGCAAGCAGAAGGAGGCCAUCACCUCGUCCACUAACCAGAACUACGCCAAAGGCCUUGUGGCGGUGGUGGUGUCGUGCCUGUCCUCGGGCUUCGCUGGGGUUUACUUUGAGAAGAUCCUGAAGGGCAGCUCGGCCUCUGUGUGGCUCAGGAACGUGCAGCUGGGCAUUUUUGGCACUGUGCUGGGCCUGCUGGGCAUGUGGUGGAACGAUGGUGCUGCCAUCGCUGAGAAGGGCUUCACGUUUGGCUACACGUCCAUGGUGUGGGGCGUGAUCUUCAACCAGGCAUUCGGGGGCCUGCUGGUGGCGGUGGUGGUGAAGUAUGCGGACAACAUCUUGAAAGGCUUCGCCACCUCCUUCUCCAUCAUCGUGUCCACAGUUAUGUCCAUCUACCUCUUCGGUUUCCACGUGGACUUGAUGUUCACGCUGGGCGCCGGGCUGGUCAUAGGAGCCGUGUAUAUGUACAGCUUACCCAAAGCUGCGGUGCCGCCGACCAGCAGUAGCUCCUCCCUUUCCUCGUCCAGCCACAGCAGCAGAGCCAACGGCGGAGAUUCAGAGACGGAUGCGUUCCUUCCAAAGAGCCCAGAGAAGGAGAAGGGAAGCUAAAAUGUGAAGAAAAAAAAAACAAGAAAGCAUGAACGACAACAAGCAGGAACACGCUGGACCUCAGGACCAAAGGAAAAGCAAAGGAAUAAUAACUUGAUUUUUAAAAAGUGCCUUAAUGGGAUUGCAGUAUUAAUUUUGCCGUUACUAGAAAUAAUUACUUAUUUUUUAACACUUAUUAUAACAGAAUAAUUAUGCUAGUUCUUGUUUGUUUUAAACUGAAGUGAUUCUCUGCUAGAACCUUUAUAAUGUACUGUAAUUUCUCAUACAUUUCACUACUGUUCUGUUCUGUUUGGGAUCCAGCAAUUUAUACACUCAUAGGAACCCAUCAGUUAUGGUUGAGUCUGGGUGCUGAUAGAAAAACAGACACUCCAUGCAUUUCAAUUGUUUUUAUUUUUAGUGUUUUUAUGUCAUGUGUGAAUUUCCUCCAUGAUGUUUAAUGUAUGAAAUGAUAAACAUAUAAUUGUGCUGAGAUACUUUAUUUACUGUACAUUUGUGGAUCUUAUAAAUUAUAUCAUUGAUAUAAUUGUUUGAUAAUGUUAUGGGCUUAUUGUUUCACUCCCAAGUGUCCUUACAAAAGCGAGACUGAACAAACCUUCGAGGGCUGCCUAAAAAUGUGCCUUUCAUUUAUAUAAUUCUCUCUUUUAUUUAUGCAAAUAGUCUUUUGCUUAUGUCUUGAAAUGGCACUGAAUAAAUGCUUGUUUAAUA